AUGACCGUUCAAACACUCGCCAUCGCCGUUGUCACGGUAGUAUACUUCAUCAUUCGCUACUUGAACCGCACGGAUGUUCCUAAGAUCAAGGGCCUGCCGGAGAUUCCUGGCGUGCCUCUCUUUGGCAAUCUGCUACAAUUAGGCGACCAACAUGCCCAAGUCACGGCCAAAUGGGCCAAGAAAUACGGUCCCGUCUUCCAGGUGCGAAUGGGUAACAAGCGCAUCGUAUUUGCCAAUAGCUUCGACUCGGUUCGACAGCUAUGGAUCAAGGACCAGUCUGCCCUCAUCUCCCGCCCAACCUUCCACACCUUCCACAGCGUUGUCUCAAGCUCGCAAGGGUUCACGAUCGGUACCUCACCUUGGGACGAGUCCUGCAAGCGACGUCGUAAGGCGGCGGCGACUGCUCUGAAUCGCCCGGCUACGCAGUCAUACAUGCCUAUUAUCGAUCUUGAAAGCAACUCCAGUAUCAAGGAACUCUAUCGGGACAGCAAGAAUGGCAGCGUGGAUAUCAACCCUACUGCAUACUUCCAGCGGUUCGCUCUCAACACAAGUCUUACCCUCAACUAUGGCUUCCGUAUCGAGGGUAAUGUGGAUGAUCAGCUCCUAAAGGAGAUUGUCGACGUCGAGCGUGGCGUGUCCAACUUCCGCAGUACUUCGAACAACUGGCAGGACUACAUUCCUCUGCUGCGGAUCAUUCCCAAGAUGAACAAUGAGGCUGAGGAGUUCCGUGUGCGACGUGAUAAAUAUUUGACCUAUCUUCUGGACAUCUUGAAGGAUCGCAUUGCCAAGGGUACUGACAAGCCUUGCAUUACGGGUAACAUUAUCAAGGAUCCUGAAGCUAAGCUUAAUGAUGCUGAGGUGAAAUCCAUUUGCCUGACCAUGGUUUCUGCCGGUCUUGAUACCGUCCCUGGUAAUCUGAUUAUGGGCAUUGCUUACUUAGCCUCGGAAGAUGGCCAGCGCAUUCAAAAGAAGGCAUACGAUGAGAUCAUGCAAGUAUAUCCCAAUGGCGACGCCUGGGAGAAAUGCUUGGUUGAGGAGAAGGUUCCCUAUGUCACGGCCUUGGUCAAGGAAACUCUCCGAUUCUGGACUGUCAUUCCAAUCUGCUUGCCUCGUGAAAGCACCAAGGAUAUUGAGUGGAAUGGAAGCACCAUCCCAGCUGGCACUACUUUCUUCAUGAACGCCUGGGCCGCAGACUACGACGCAGACCACUUCGACCAGCCAGAAAAGUUCAUCCCUGAGCGUUACUUGGAGCUCGGCGAGGCAUCUGGUACUCCCCACUACGGAUAUGGCGCUGGGUCUCGUAUGUGCGCUGGCUCGCACCUGGCGAACCGCGAACUCUACACAGCGUUCUUGCGCCUGAUCACUGCAUUCAAGAUGCACCCCGCCAAGGCUGCUGGUGACCGUCCGAUUCUGGACGCGAUCGACUGCAACGCAAUCCCCACCGCUCUGACAACGGAACCCAAGCCUUUCAAGGUUGGCUUCACGGCCCGGGACCCUAAAAAGCUGGAGCAGUGGAUCGCCGAGAGCGAUGAGCGGACCAAGGAUCUGUGAUUCCGGAUUUGCUUUGACGACUACCUGCAUUUUGGAAAAUAUUGAGACUUGCUUUCCUGUAUAUAACCAUUUGAGAAUGGAGGGAGAUCAGUUCCAGUAGCAUGUAUACGAUGCUCCAGGCUUAUGAGUCG